UCCAAAACCAAAAAAAAAAAAUAAAAUAAAAGAAAAAAAGAUCGAAUCUUUUUCUAUUAUUUCUUCUUCUUGGAUCUCCGAUUACACAAUAAACAUGGCGGGGUUACAGAGGUCCGCCGUGUCAUUCCGGCGACAGGGCUCCUCAGGCUUGGUCUGGGAAGACAGAUUCUUCAGUGGCGAAUUGACACCGACAAUGCGCCGUCAUGAAGAACAACCUCAACGUGACGCUCUUUUCCUUUCCGGAGAAUUGAGGCCUUCUCGCAACGUUGGAUCCGCCUCCACCUUUGAACGGUCACGAUCUUCCGCCUCCCAUAGAAUAGAGGCUAUAUCCCCGUCACGCUCGCCGAGCGCCGCCAAUCCAUCUUCACCGAAGUUCACUGGCUGCGGCUUCUGCGGCGUGUUUGGCCGACCCAUCGGCGGUUCUCGCCAACACAAAUCCAAGCGUUGAUCGGAGUAAUU